AUGAUGUCAAAGAAGAAAGAAAGCCUCGGAAGACAGAAAAUUCCAAUGGUUAAGAUAAAGAAAGAGAGUCACAGGCAAGUUACAUUCUCUAAACGCAGAGCUGGUCUAUUCAAGAAAGCUAGUGAGCUUUGUACGUUGUGCGGCGCAGAGAUUGGGAUCAUCGUGUUUUCUCCUGCAAACAAGCCUUUCUCUUUCGGCCAUCCAAGUGUUGAAUCCGUCUUGGACCGGUACAUGGCUCGAAAUAAUCUAUCCUUAGCUCAGACGCAGCAACCGCAGGGAAACCCUCCAGCAAGCUGCGAGCUUAAUGUGCGGUUGACGCAAAUUAUAAGCGAGGUAGAGGAAGAGAAGAAGAGAGCUCAGGCCCUUGAUGAAAUGAGAAAAACGAAUGCACGCCGUUCGGUGACCAAUUGGUGGGAAGGACCAGUGGAAGAGAUGAACAUGGUUCAGUUACAGGAAAUGAAAUCUGCGUUGGAGGAGUUGAGGAAAACGGUUGUGCCGGAGACAAAUACGGUGCCGUGUUAUGAGGUGAAAGAGGAUGUGUAUGGUUUCUUGGAUAAUAAAGUGACGGCUCCUUCUUACAUGAACAUGUCUUCUGGUCUUUCCAAUAACUACAGUUUUGCUUAUGGGAAUGGUUAUUUCUGA